AUGUUUGCAUUAUUAAAUAGAGUGCCCACCCGUGUUGAGUGCGCGGUGCCUCACGAAGAUUCCUCAGAGACUUCGACGGAGAUCUCCGUGGUGUCUGUCAGUUCGUCCAGCUCCAACGAGGUGCACGAAGGGUCUGGAGAUGACCCUCCAGAGCCCUCCGUUACGUCGGUCGCUAAGAAUGAGACGAGAGAAGCCCUCAAGACGGAUGGUAGCGAACAAGAUCCUGUGGUGUUCCUAUCGGAGAAGAACAGUUACAUCCCCGUGAGCAUCAAGCCGCGGUCUCCGCCCGCCGACACCCCGUGGCGAGAACCCCCAGCUUGGGAGCGAGAGUAUCGGCGACACAGGACCAACGGCAGUCGAGUACAAUAUAUCGAAGCAGAGUGCCAAGACGACUUCAUGAAGAUCAGAGUGGGCUUCAAUGGCUCAUUUGCGGGCCUGGUUUAUUCAGCAGGAUACUCGUACGAUCCAGACUGCAUGUACAUCAACGGGUCGGGGCGCGACUACUACGAGUUCUACAUCCAGCUCAACCGCUGCGGCACUUUGGGAAGGAACAGCCAGCAUGACGACUCUAGAAAACAUCCCACUGUAAAAAACCUGAUGUGGAACACAAUCACGGUGCAGUACAACCCGCUGAUCGAGGAGGAGCUAGACGAGCACUUCAAGGUCACAUGCGAGUACGGAUAUGACUUCUGGAAGACCGUCACAUUUCCUUUCUUGGACGUCGAAGUGGCGACAGGGAACCCUGUGGUGUUUACCUUGCAACCACCAGAGUGCUACAUGGAGAUCCGCGCUGGUUACGGGGCGAGUGGCGCCCGUGUGUCGGGUCCCGUGCGGGUUGGGGACCCACUGACGUUGCUCAUCUACAUGAGGAGUUCUUACGAUGGAUUCGACAUUGUGGUGAACGAUUGCUUCGCACAUAACGGGGCCACGAAACGCAUCCAACUUAUUGACGAGCAUGGGUGUCCAGUGGACGACAAGCUGAUCUCCCGCUUCCGUGGCUCCUGGUCCGAAGCAGGCGUGUUCGAAACUCAAGUGUUCGCGUACAUGAAGACCUUCAGAUUCACUGGCUCACCGGCUCUCUACAUCGAGUGCGACGUGCGGAUGUGCCACGGCAGAUGUCCGUCUCAGCCAUGCCACUGGCGCAACAUGAAAUCGGUGCGUCGGCGGUCUAUAGAGGCGCCCGCUGUUCCGCGGCUGUCUGAGAACAUAUCGCUGUUCCAGUCCCUCCGCGUGCUGCAGGAGGGAGAGGAGGAUAGCGAACUCGCUGCUAGCACUGGUCCAUUGGAAGGCCAGACAUGCCUCAAAACCUCGGCUCUGUCGGCCAUGUUGGUGUCGUGCGGCGUGCUGGUGGCGGCGCUGGCGGGCGCGCUGCUCGUGGCCGCGCGGGGCUGGCGCCGGCGCGAGGCGCGCGCGCCGCACCACGCCUAUGUGCCGCAUAAGGGACGGAUAAAGUAAAACUGUACCGUACACUAGGUUAGGUUAUUAUCAAUGUAGGCUAUAGGAGGGAACUGAAUUGUUAAGGCGUGGCUUUCAGGAUGUCAUUAUUUAAAGUGGGUGAUAUACAUACGUACGAGUUCAUAAAAAUGUGUACAUUUCUUCACAUUUACUAGUAGCAAUAAGGUGAAAAGAUGUACAAAUAUAUGCUGAUAUUACGCAAUAAUGUGUCGUCCCACAUGCAUUUUGCAAUAAUAAGAUGUCAACUCAAAAAAAUAUUUAUGAACGACUGUAGUCAACCAAUUGG